AUGCUUACAAAUGCUGCCAUGCAGCAUAAGGUUCUAUGUAUGUAUUAUACAAACUUCGAGUCAAAGAUCAUGCUCAAGUACAGUAUGGUGACAGCUCAGUUCUAUAAGAUGGAUCCAGUUGAGUACAAGACCUGGAGGGAGUCAUGCACUGAGGUUGCUGAGGCUGAGGAGGAUGAGGGCAAUGGGUCUGUGAAUAAAGCUGACAGCACAAGCAACAUGGCUGGCACCAUAUUCAUUAUGGUCCAGGUAGCAGAUGCAUCAACUAUCAUUUUAGCACCUGCUAUCUUGAUGUUGCAAGCAGCUGCAGGCCGUUUCAUCAUUGCCCAUCCCAUUGCAGAGUCUGACUUCAAUGUUGUGCUUGUGCAAAAAAGGUCAGCAACCACUGCUGCACCACAUGCAAAGAAACCCUGCAUGCAACGUGGGUCCAUGGAGUUCAUCAAUAUUGUCUCGGGUGCAGAAGAUGAGUUAGUUACAGUUACCAAAAAGCCUCAUGCCAUGCACAAGGACAAGGGUGUGCCCAGGAAGAAGAAGACACACCGUAUUGCUGGUGAUGAAAAUCAUGCCCCUACACCAUCCGCGGAUGCUGCCAUCACUGUCACUGACAGCCCUCCCUCUUUCUGUGCAGCUUUACAGACAGCUGGUCCAAUGACUGCUUUCACACCUCUCUUAGAUGUGUGA